UUGCACCCAAGAGCCAGGAACUGGAAGCGAAGCGCUCACUGUGUUUGAGCGACCCUGUGCUGUCAGGUAACGUUGUGUGUAUACGGCAUCUCCACCAUGGCAGAAGUCAAGCAUUAUACCUUAGAGGAAAUCCAGCAACACAACACUAGCAAGAGCACCUGGAUCAUCAUUCACAACAAAGUUUACGAUGUGACCAAGUUUUUGGAAGAGCAUCCUGGCGGUGAGGAAGUUUUACGGGAGCAAGCUGGAGGAGAUGCUACAGAGACCUUUGAAGACAUUGGUCAUUCCACAGAUGCCAGAAACAUGUCUAAAGAUUUUGUCAUAGGAGAACUUCAUCCGGAUGAUAGAUCAAAGCUACAGAAACCAGCGGACACAUUCAUUACAACCACUGAAUCUGAAUCCAGUUGGUGGAGCAAUUGGAUUAUCCCAGGCAUAUCUGCUAUAAUUGUUGCCUUGAUGUACCGUUUCUACAUGACAGAUGAAUAAGUGCAUCACAAUGAAACCAUAACUAGGAAGACUCCUCCAGACCAAACAACCUGAUCAUCAUCAUACAGUGACCACAAGAGUUACUUAAUGUGAGAACAAAUGUUUUGCAGAAUGCUUGUUUGUUUAUUUCUGUAAAGCUAAAAUCUUAUUUGUUCCUCUUGUGCUUUUCUUUUUCUUCCCCUGUCAAUUUUGUACACACUUUAACACUACAUUAUCCUCAAUGAUGUGGAGUAAUUUCCCAUCUCCGUUUAUUUAAUAUCUUUGUUUAAGUUUUUAAUAUAUUCUACAAAGCACCUGAUCAUUUAACUGUGGAUCCGUCCUUUGGGAGAGCAUUUUAUCUAAUAUGAAAUUAGGUAGAAAUGAAAUCUACAGAACAUAAAAUAUAAUAAUGACAAUAAUGAGAAUAAACAUUUGGAAACAAAACAUUUGAGUGAUUUACCAUAUUUGUCUCAGAACUUCUUGAUCCUUUUGUUUGUGAUCUCAGUGAGUGCUAUUCACCAUUUGUUGUGUAUUGCUGGCAAUAAAAUGUUUGAGACCUCAUUGUGCUUUCAUUGUACUGAAAGAAAAUGUUUAAUAUUGUUGGCUAGUUUAAAAUAUCCAAAACUGAGGAAUCCUUUUUUAUAAGACCAAAUAUUUAGUUCAUGUCUGAUGCAUAUAGCAGUGUGUUACUAUUUUUAUUUUCCUAUUUUUUGUUCCAUAUAUUAAACCAACCACUAAAUGUUUUUUGAAACCUUACUUUACUUGUGUAUGUAAAGGAGAAAUUGUAUUGGAUAAUAAUACAUCUUAUGAUACAGACACUAAGCCAUCUUAUGCCAUAAAUGUGAGAGCAGAAUGUAAAACUGAGCAUUGGGUUGUUAUUUGUAGGCCCGUUUGUCAUUACAUGGCCAUCCAAUAUUUUGUCCUAGUCUCUUACUUUAUUAGCCUAAACAUUGCAAGGAAAUAUAUUUCUUGCAUCAAAACAUGAGCUCUUGCUGAAUACACUUAUACAACAUUUUGUACAAACUUGAGAUUUUUCCUAAUAAAGAAUAACCCUUUUUA